CAGUCGAGACCUGAGCUAGUAUUGCACAGUCCGCAACUCAAAGUUUCAGACCCCGCCAUGAAGGUCGCCGUCGUUCUCGCCUGCCUGCUGGUGGCCGUCGCUGCCAAGCCCCAGUUUGGUAGGUUUGGACUCGGUGGAUUUGGUGGUGCCAGGGGAAGCGCCAACUCUGGAUCCACUCAGGGACAGACCAGUGGUCUCUUCGGAAACAGCCAGAUUCAGAACAGCUUCGCUAACGCACAGGGCUCUGCUUUUGGACGUGGCGCUUCUUUCAACAGCGCUGGCAGCAACGUUGGACAGAGCACAGGACUCUUCGGAAACCAGCAAUUCGCCAACAACCGGGCCACCAGCAACCAGUUUGGACGCUAAUGCGAUUCUUUUAUAGAUGAAAAUUUUGCCAUUGUGCGCUUCUGUACAUUAUGACUUGUACAAGGUAAUCAAAACAUAAGUGCAGAGAAUUAUUGUUACCACCGUGCAUAUUGUACAAUAUACAUAUCAUAUUGCUAA